AUGUGUCUUCAGGGCCUCCCUGGUCCGGAUGGUCGUGAGGGAAUACCUGGACUUCCAGCCUCAAAGGGUCUUCCUGGAAAAAGUGGGGCUCCAGGUGAUGCCGGCCCACAAGGACUUCCUGGUUUGCCAGGAGCUUUUGGACAAAAAGGCCAUGCAGGUCCAAAGGGUGCUGCAGGUGAUCCAGGUGUUGUCGGACUGAUGGGGUCUUCAGGAAAACAGGGCGAGCGAGGCGAACAGGGAGAAGUAGGGCCUGAUGGGCCGCGAGGAGGACCAGGCGAACGAGGACCAAGGGGACAUGAGGGGCCUGCAGGAUUACCAGGAGCCAGGGGAAGCAAAGGGGAUCCAGGCCUUCCAGGACUGCCUGGUCCUGCUGGGUACCGUGGCCAGAAUGGCGACAGGGGUGCGGUGGGUCUAGAUGGGCCAAAAGGAGAACAGGGACCUCCAGGAGCUGAAGGAACACCAGGAGACAAAGGAGAGCUGGGCGAUCAAGGAGAACCAGGAGAGAAAGGAGCGGCCGGCCCACCAGGAGAGACGGGGAACAAAGGACCAGAGGGCGGUCGAGGACAGCAGGGCAAAGAGGGCAAAGAGGGCCAGCCGGGACCCCGCGGCAUGCAGGGAGACAUGGGGGCACCGGGCCUGCCGGGGGUCCAGGGAGCAGCGGGAAAAUCACCCACAGACACUCAUAUCAAACAAGUCUGCAUGAGAGUAAUGCAAGAGCAGCUGGCCCAGCUAGCAGCUAGCCUCAGCAGACCUGAGUCAGGUAUCGCCGGUCUACCCGGUCCCCCCGGCCCACCUGGACCUCCAGGACCCACCGGAGAGAACGGUUUCCCAGGACACACCGGAUCCCGAGGUCUGCCCGGUCUGAAGGGUCCACCGGGGGUGAUGGGUCGCAAAGGACCCAAAGGCGAUCAGGGCGACAAAGGCGACAGAGGACCCACAGCCAGAGGAGCCAAAGGAGCGCCUGGUGCCCCUGGUCUACCAGGCGAUUCUGGCCGUGCAGCUUACGGCAGAAACGGUCGUGACGGAGAGCGAGGACCUCGUGGUGUUCCCGGAGCGGUGGGCGUUCCCGGACCUCCUGGUCCCCCAGGUCUGAACGGAUACUGCGAGUCGUCACAGUGCAUCCUGGCCAUGGUGGAGUCACCGAGCCCUAAAGACUCCGGCAUGAAGGGCCCCAGCGACAUGUGAGGAGGACUGGGAGCAGAAAACUGAGAGACUGGAGGAGGAAGCAGCAGGAGAUUUGUCCUUUUGGGUUUUUGUCACUUGGUUUGUAUGUUGUUUAAAAAUUGGGUCCUCUGAUUUUGAAUAAUUCGGAUUUACUGAAGCCAUCUUUGCGGUUUAAAGGUGGACACUGAACAGCACACCUCGUCUCCUGAAAGUCCUUAACCCUUUAAAGUCUGAUUUUACCUCGAUGUUCCAUCUCUGUACUGUAAAACAGAAAAUAUAAACUGUUAAUACACAACCCUAGCAGCCUUUUUCCUCUCCAAACAACCAGACGAGUCUGAGAGAGUAUGUUUCUGUAAACGUGUCAAUUAUACUGCUGGACCACGCUCAUGCUGUUUGUAUCUUUCCUGUUUAUCCACUAAAAUCCCUUUUUCCUCCAAAUGUAGGAAAUGUUUGAUGAUUCUGUGUUUGUGAUGGGAGGGAGCUGGCAGUUUUAUAUGACUCUUAUUUAUUAUAUCAACGUUCAAGGUGGCAUCUUCGAGUUGUACAAAGGAGGAAAUAAACACGUUUUGAUAACGUCUCGCAUGUUUUGUAUGAAGGACAAAAUGACCAGGACUGUGCUUCAGCUUAGAUUAACUCUCAGGGUCUCUGUUAAACUGAACGAGGUGUUUUAAAUGACAAAAACGGUCAGAAUAAACUUUAUUUUAAAGAGCACAUUUUUAAAAUCAGAGCUAGAGCAUAAACCCCCAAAAUAAUAGAGGACCCCCACGGUCCAUGGAGGUGAGUAGUGCCCACCAUACUGCAGAAGGCAUGUACAAAUGUAGACAUUAUUUACAUUUACCCUCGCAUCUCACUCAUCUAUAAUGGUAUUAAUUUAGACUAGACUCUUUUAAAGGGUAUGGAGAUAGUCCCACAGGAAACUGUAGUCUUCAAAACCUUUAUUUCCUGUACUUUGGGGGAGUUUUGCACCAGUUUUUAUGAGCUUUGAGGCAAAAUCCUUACUCUACAGGCCAACUAAAUUACCCUCAAACAAAAUCAGACCUUCUCUAGAGUCUAAAACAUUGGUUGCCAACCAGAGGUCCGGGCACUCCUUGGAGGGCGCCAAAGAUCUUAAAGGGGCCCUGCCUGCUCGGACAUCGCCAAAUUAGAUGUAGAGAAUUUUUAAAAAUCGGGAUUAUGAACAAAAUGUCUAAAGGCCAACCUAAAGCCGAGCGUACACUGUGUGGAUUUCAUCCAGUUUGAGCUGCAUGACUCACCUGGGAGUCACGCCAGUUUCCAGUCUAAUUGUGCGUGGUUUGUUGUCCUGUUUACAGGAGGAAUGUUCAUGGCUGUGUUCAGCCACCUUCAGGGACAGUGGGGGUCCCUGGUUUCUGGCACCUUUAUUUUGGAGGUCGCGGACUGAAAAGGUUGAGAAACACUGGGUUAAAUGAAGCCAAACUGGAACCCAACUGAGGAACAGUUUGAGAUCCAAAUGAGCUGACUCUUCUAUGGUGAGCUGAGCCAAAUGACCCGGAUCACCAAAGAGAGCUGGAAUUCCCAUCACUAGUGAGCAGCUUCACUGAGCAGACUUACAGCUGGUCACCGAUUACCAAACAUGCUCAGAUCUUUGAUAAAGGAGUGCUGCCUGAAACAAGCAGGAUGCAGAAUUAUUUUCUGAGCUGUAGCUCAGUGAUCAGACUGAGUCAUGUGAUGGACAUGUUUGUGUUUUUAGCUUUAAUCAGAGCGGUGAGUCUGACUGAAAACCAUGGCCAUGGGCGUGGUUUAUGACUGAAAAAAUAUUAGAGUGACUGCUGACUAAGAUGCUGUAUACCAACUCAGUGGUUGUCAGUAUGAACAAAUAAGUACAUCAGUAUUUUUGUUCAGACA